UUCAGUGGGGGAGCGAGCGUUGAGUGAGGAUGAGCCACUGCUGGUUGUCCUCGCUGCUGCUUCUCCAUCCUCCUCUGCGCUCUCCGAUCGGCGAGCUGUGGAAUAGGCGUGUUUCUGUUCCUCCGACGCAGAAAAACGCAGAGAAGAAAGCCUAACUUCAAGACUGACUGGUUCUGAUUUAUUGCACUGUCCCCUUCUACGUAAAGACAUGGAGCACCUUUUUCUGAUGAGACUGUGGUGAGACCGGUGCAGCCCUGUCACGCCCACAGCGACCCCUUUCGGCCCGGACGGCCCACCACGCCCCGGCGCCUAUGAAAGGGUACCAUGUCAGCCGUAGCAUGUCUCAGCAUUCCUCUGGUGGUGGCGGAGGAGGCCCCUGCCACUGUACGCCGGACAACUGUGACGGCCCAGGCAGAGACUACUACCAUGGCCGUAGCGACGGGCACUACUACUCGGGUGGUCCAACCGAGGCUCUGGCACUGGAGAGGCAUCACUCCCACUCUCAUUCGCAUGCACACUCGCACUCCCAUAGCCACUCUGGCACCUUUCCCCGCUCCCACCCCAGCCAGCACCCGCCUCUCCAGUCGUUUGAUUCCUGCGAGGAUUGCCUGUCUUCGGGCCAUGGAGGAAAGAUGCAUCGGAUUCCUCCAAACCUAAUGGACCAGUUUGAGAAGCAGGUUCCCUUCCACCCAGACGGCUUCCACACCCUACAGUACCAACGCACGGCGAGCGGAGGGGCCGAGCACCGCAGCGAGAGCCCCUCUCGUAUUCGCCACUUGGUCAACUCCGUCCAGCGGCUCUUCGCCAAGUCCCAUUCCCUUGAAGCACCCACCAAAAGGGAGUACAAUGGCACGAGGGGCGGCGGGGAGUACCGGGGCGAGAGAGGAGGGGGCCACAGAAGCGGAGGGGAGGAGGUUCACUACUCAGGCCACCAAUCUCGGUCGACCAGGAGGAGCAAGUCGCGAGAGCGCAGCAAAAGCGGCGACUCUCGGCAUGAGUCGGGGCGACGUCACCGCAGCCGGACGGCCGGCUGGUGGAGCUCCGAUGACAACCUGGACAGCGACAGCAGUUUCUUGGUCAGCGGGGGCAGACGGGGUUAUCCCACUGGACACGAGAGUCUGGAUGCCGCCAUUCAAGAGCUCACCAUGAAGAAACCAAAGGAGCGCAGCGGAGGACCCGGAUCCUCCGAGUGCAUGGCUUGCACCACCAUGGCUCUGACCGGCGGCGAGGGCGGUGGGCACCAUGGCCACCAUAGUCACUCCCUGAAGCGGAGCACCUGGUCAGCCAUGACAGUGAGUCAGGCCAGGGAGGUUUAUCCUUCCACCAGGGGAGGAGGUUAUGAUAAAGCACUGGUGCCCUUGGAGAACAAGCUGAAGGAGAGAUCAUUCCACUACCUGCAGGUCCCUUCAGAGGACUGGGGGGGCGGCGGCUACGGCGGAUCGGCCGACAGCGGAGGCGAGAUCCCGUGCCGUCGGAUGCGCAGCGGCAGCUACAUCAAGGCCAUGGGCGACGACGACAGCGCAGACUCAGAGACGAGCCCUAAAGCCUCGCCCAAAUCCACCCUGAUCGCCCAGAGGGACGCCUUCAGACGCUCCAUAAGCAUGGAUCAAAGGUACUCCUGCAAGCAGUGCACAGAUUCCUACCCGAACAGCAGAACGGCACCUAAAACCCACACUCGCUCUCGCAGCUACACACGCUCUCUGACCAGCUCACAGCUGGGAGACGCGUUGAACCACCAGUUCGAGACGGUGUGCGAAACCAUGUUCGGCGAGGUGGAGUCGCAGGCCGUCGAGGCCCUGGAUCUCCCCGGCGUGUUCCGGACCCGCAGCCACAGCUACGUGCGCGCCAUCCAGGCGGGCUGCUCCCAGGACGACGACUGCCUCUCCGUCUUCUCCAUGUCCGCCCCCCAGGGGAGCAUCAAGGGCGGGGCCGUCUUUCCUUAUCGUAAAGGUGCUCCCCCACCGCUCCCACCUCGCAUGUCCAAGUCUUCUCUCUCGGUGCGCGCCCAGAGCAGCACCGAGUCCACUCAGGACGCGUACUUCCAGAGCGGCGGACAAAUGGCUCCGGGCACUGGGCGCCCCAAGCAGCACAGCAACUCCAUAGACCUCGGUGGCUCCGAGGGGCCGUCGGGUCGCGCCUCCAGGGGGGGCUACUACACGUCCGGUGGGCCCGGACGCUCCCGCCAGCACAGCAACUCGGCGGAGAGCCUGGACGGGGUCAAGGGUUCCAGGGAGCUCGUGCCCUACGGAGGGGGGCCCGGAGUGGGAGUCAGGGCAAAGCACAGCUGCUCAGCUGACAGCCUGCUGGAGGGGCCGCCACGGCCGGCGAGGGACCGGGACGGCCGGGUCGGCGGCGGCAGCCUGGGGAAGUCGUCGUCACUUCCACAGAACAACAUGAUAGUGAGUAAGAUCGGCGGGCAGGACGACGGGCGCGCGGCCAGGAAGUGGAGGCCGUCCAUCGCCGUGCAGGUGGACAGCUCGGAGACUCUGUCCGAUUCCGAUACGGAGGGAAAAGCUCUGACCGAGGUUCACUCCAUAGGAGUCCAAGUGGAAGAUGAGAAAAGGCGGGCUCGAUUCAAACGCUCCAACAGCGUGACGGCGAGCGUGCAGGCCGACCUGGACCCCGAGGGCUUCCCGGGGCUUAGCGUUGCUGUGCCAACACAGGACAAGAGUCUGCAGUUUGGCUGCUCCUUCCAGAGGCACUCGUCAGAGCCAGAGUCCGCGUCGCAGUACACGGAGUGCCACCGCACGGUCCACACACAGGGCCAGUGGGCUUACAGAGAGGACCUCAUUCAGGGCAACUACAACCCCGAAGCUUUCCAAGUAGACACAAGGCCCCAUCAGCACCCACACCUGCCGCCGCGCUCCCACUCCCCUCUUCCCAUUACCGCGGAGCGCGCCUGGACGGCCACACCGUCCCUGGAAGGCCCGCGCAGCCUUCCCGACUCGGGCCGGGCCUCGCCCUGCAUGAGGGACGGAGAGUUCUUCCUGCGCCUGCUGCAGACGGAGGUGGAGAGGAUGGAGGGCUGGUGCCAGAACAUGGAGAGGGAGGCGGAGGAGAAUGAGCUUCCAGAGGAUGCUCUUGAGCUAAUUCGAAGCGCAGUUGGCAGUGCCCAGAUGCUCAUGUCUCAAAAGGUCCAGCAGUUCUUCCGCCUCUGUCAGCAAAGUAUUGACCCGUCCGCCUACCCCCAGCCCACGUCGCAGGACCUGGCGUCCUUCUGGGACCUGCUCCAGCUCAACAUAGAGGACGUAAGGGUUAGGUUUCAGGACCUCCAGAAGCUCAAGGACUCUGGGUGGAGGCUCCCACCUGAAAAGAAGGAGGAUAAGAAACUUCCUCCGCCCCUACCAAAGAAGCCGGCGGGCGGGGUGAGCGGCAGCCUCCGGGCCGAUAGCGUGGGAGACGGGGUCUCCGUUAGUGCCGGGGGCGGCCCGGCGGGGCUGGUGGUGCCCCGCGUUGGAGGGCACACCCUCCCCAUCAGGGAGAAGUCCCUGGACCUCGGAGACCGUCAGAGGACAGAGGCGCGAAGGAGGCUGCUGCAGACCAAGCGUACCGCCUCCUUCAGGCAGAACUCGGCCACCGAGAGCGCCGACAGUAUCGAAAUCUACAUCCCCGAAGCCCAGACUCGACUCUGAACCCACGACGGCACUCGCUUCCCCCUCACCCGAUCUUCUGCGAGUCAUUGCUGCUUAUACGCUUCCGACCCACCGCCAAUUUUAGCAUUUUCCAUCAACUUCUGUCAUCCUACAUUAUUACCUAACAAGCAAUGACAGCCAUUUUAGUGUCUUGAAAUUCAAACCAUUUUACCGAGGCAGAGGCCUGAGGGGUAUCUAGCCGAAGACGUUUUUACUUCCUUCUUAG